ACAUAGAUUCGACUCGACUCAUUUUCAGCUCUCUAUAGACUAGUACAUGACAAAAAACUAAAUAUGCCAGCUCCGUGUGUUCUCCACCAUCAUAAUUCAUAACUCAGACCAACGGAUAUGGUGGCCACCACCAGCACUGCCACCCUACUGUUUUUGUUCAACCAAAACACUCUUGCUGCACCAUUAGAGUAACAUUAACAACUUUCUCCUAUGUCUAUGUUUCCCAACAAAAUCAAACCCCUUUUAUCUUCUCUCCCAAAAAAACCUUCACUACACCAAAUCAAACAAACCCAUGCACACGUCGUCGUUUCAGGCCAAUCUCAAUCCCGUCUCAUCUUUCACAUUCUCUCUCUACUUUCUCUCUCUAAAUUCCCACUCAACUAUUCCCUCUCCAUUUUCAACUCAAUUUCAUUCCCAACCGUUUUUGCAUUCAACUCCAUCAUUCGUUGUCACGCCAAAUCAAAUUCAUCUCCUUUGAACUCACUCUCACUUUACUCCUCAAUGCGACGUCGUUUCCUCAAACCCAAUCAACACACAUUCACUUUCCUACUUAAUGCAUGCACAAAAGAAAAUUUCAAGCUUACACCUGGUGUUCAGGUUCAUUGUCAUGUGAUCAAGCUCGGUUACGUGCGCCACGUGUUUGUUCGUAACGCGCUUAUUCAUUUUUACUUUGAGUGUUCUGAUGCAACGGAGUGUUCUAAGAAGGUGUUUGAGGAAGAUACAGAUAGUAUUUGCAGUGAUGUUGUGACUUGGAAUUCUAUGUUAGCUGGUUUGGUUAGAAAAGGUGAGGUUUUUGUUGCGGAGAAGAUGUUCGAUGAAAUGCCUGAGAGAGAUGUUGUUUCUUGGAGUACUAUGAUAAUGGGGUAUGUUCAAAAUGGGAACUUGGAAGAUGGGUUGGAGUGUUUUAGGUUGAUGAGGGAGAAAGGGAUAAAACCUAAUGAGGCUAUUUUGGUUACUGUGCUUUCUGCUUCUGCUAAUUUGGGUUUGUUAGGGUUUGGGAAGUUUAUUCAUUCCACUAUUGAGUCUUUGAGGUUUCGAAUAACUGUUCUGAUUGGAACUGCUUUGGUUGACAUGUAUGCAAAGUGUGGUUGCAUUGAAGAGUCUAGAGCCUUGUUUGAUGGAAUGUUGGAGAAGGAUAUAUGGACUUGGAAUGUUAUGAUUUGUGGGCUGGCUUCACAUGAUCGUCCAAAGGAAGCAAUUGGAUUAUUUCAUGAGUUUAUACGUGAGGGUUUUAGUCCUGUGAAUGUGACUUUCGUUGGUGUUUUAAAUGCUUGUAGUAGGGCUGGUUUUGUUAGUGAGGGAAGGCAUUACUUUAAGUUAAUGGUAGAUGGUUAUGGCAUUCCACCGGAGAUGGAGCACUAUGGGUGCAUGGUGGAUCUCUUGGCUCGUGCAGGGUUAAUAGAUGAAGCAGUUCGGUUGAUUGAAACCAUGACUGUUGCACCGGAUCCUAUAAUGUGGGCAACACUGCUUGAUGCUUGUAAGAUUCAUGGGUUAGUGGAAAUGGGAGAAAAUAUUGGGAAUAAGUUGUUAAAGUUGGAUCCUACACAUGAUGGUCAUUAUGUGCAGUUAUCUGGAAUCUAUGCAAAAGCAAGAAAAUGGGAAGAUGUCGUUAGAGUUCGGAGGUUGAUGGUUGAGAGAGUUUCCAAUAAAGUUGCGGGUUGGAGCUUGAUUGAAGGGGAUGGUAGAGUUCAUCGUUUUGUUGCAGGGGACAGAGACCAUGACCAUUCUUCAGACAUUUACAAAAUGCUUGAAAUAAUAGGACUGAGGAUAACUGAAGCUGGUUACUCACCAAAACAUCUCACCUGUGUAGCAUGAUAAGGAAGAAGAAAGGGAUCAAUUUUGGAGCUGAGUUGUAUGAUUAGUGGGAUGUGACUUUCAGAAGUUUUCAGCUGUACCAAUGCAGUUUUUGGACAUUUUGUGGGUUGGAUUUAAAUUCUAUAGUUGCAGUUUUGUUCUGUUUGUGUGGAGAACCAUAAUCUUUCCUUGCAUAAGCUAUUUUGCGCAAUGUUCUUAAAUCACAUCCUGUGCUUAGAUCAAUGAAGUAUGUAUGGGGUUGUUUAGAUUGGCUUAUUUUGGGCUUAUCUACAAGCAUAAGUAUUAAUGGAACUGUUUGCGAAAGAAUAUCAUAAAAACUUAUGAGCUCCCACAAGCAGUUUUUGACAAUCUCCCCCAACAAGUUUAUGAAUUUGGGCUUAUGAAUUCCAAUAAGCUUAUGAACACCCAAAAACACGGACCCACAUACUGUUUAGCGAACUGAUCAACAAACACAAAACAUGCAAAUCUCUCUUCACUCUGCAACCUAUUGCUCUGCAACUCACUUUCUCUCUGUUCGCUUUGCAACUCUGAUGAGCCCUAGUUCCGUGCUUCUCGUCUUCCCCUUACUUCGCUCUUCAACUCAGGUAUUUAUACACAUUCCUUUUAUUUUGGGUCGAUUUGCUUACUAUUCCAUUCGUUUAUGCAUGGAAGUGGUUUUUGUUUGUUCCUGUGUUUGAUUUGCUUGAUUUUGACUUUUUCUUGUUAAUGACUUUUUAUGUGAUUUUUGCUUGUUCCUGAUCUGCUUGCUUGUCCCUGUUCAAUGUAAGACAGUUCU